AUGGGGCACGUGAAUACAGAGAAGAAAUGGGUAUUUCCUCUUGUUAUAAGUUCUUUACUGUGUGUUUUCCUUCUUGCAAACUCCUUCAGUAUGGGCCUUGUUUCCUCGUUGCACACAAUCAAUUCUAUCUUUUCAGUCUUCCUGCCCCGUGCUGUGUCCAAUCAAACCAACGUUUACUUUGAGGCGAAGGUUAAUCAAGCUCCACAACAGCUUUCUGCUGUUCCUUCCAUUCCGAAGUUUGCUUAUUUGGUUUCUGGGUCGAAGGGCGAUUUAGACAAGCUUUGGAGGACACUACAUACACUGUAUCAUCCAUGGAAUUAUUAUGUUGUUCAUUUGGAUCUUGAAUCACCUUCAGAGGAGAGAAAUGAGCUCAAUUCUCGAGUGAAAAAUGAUCCUAUUUUUGCUGAGGUUGGUAAUGUGUAUGUGAUUACCAAAGCGAAUACGGUUACUUAUAGAGGACCUACCAUGGUAUCUAAUACUCUUCAUGCAUGUGCCAUUCUUCUAAAACAACAUAAAGAUUGGGAUUGGUUUAUUAACCUCAGCGCUUCAGAUUACCCCCUGGUGACUCAAGAUGAUCUUAUGUACACAUUUUCCAAUAUAAGCCGUAAACUGAAUUUCAUUGAGCAUACAAGCAAUUUAGGAUGGAAAACGCAUGGAAGGGGAAUGCCAUUGAUUAUAGACCCUGGCCUGUACCAGAAAAACAAGUCUAAUAUAUUUUGGGUUUCACCUGGGAGAACCUUACCCACUGCGUUCAGAUUGUUCACUGGUUCAGCUUGGACGAUCUUAUCACGUCAAUUUGUGGAGUAUUGCAUAUGGGGUUGGGAUAAUCUUCCGAGAACCCUACUCAUGUAUUACUCAAAUUUCGUGUCCUCCCCGGAAGGCUAUUUUCAGACUGUUAUAUGCAAUGCCCCAGAAUUUAAAUCAUCUGUUGUCAACCACGACAUGCAUUAUAUUUCUUGGGAUAUCCCCCCAAAACAGCAUCCCCGUACCCUCUCCCUUAAUGAUACAGCAAAAAUGAUCCACAGUGGUGCUGCAUUUGCACGCAAGUUCAAGAAAGAUACUCGUGUACUGGACAAAAUUGACCGAGAAUUACUCGGUCGAAGAAAUGGUAGUUUCACACCUGGUGGAUGGUGCAAAGGCGAGCCUCGGUGCACCAAGGUAGGUAAUCCCACCAUACUCAGACCAGGUAGAGGCGCACAGAGGCUUCAACAACUUAUAAAUAAACUGUUGUCAGCCAAGACUCACCAAAUCGACGACGCAACUGUUUCUAGAGAGAUAAAGACCAAGACCAAGGCGAAGAAAUCUUCGAAUCUUUAUCUCCGCAAAAAUAUUAUCCUGUUUAAUGCAUACACAUUAUACAAAGGGGAGAUUUGA